AUGUGGAAAGGCACGACGGCACGGUGGAGAGGUGCGGGCCCGGAUUGGAGCAACGUCAGACACGCCGGAUCUUCCUUCGGAACCACGUCGAGACAAGAAGCAGGCGCCAACGCUUCCUCAUGGGUCGUUGCUUCUCGGCGAAGCUCGGCAGUGUCCCGGGCUCCAGAGAGGAGGCCGGUGGAGGACCCGAAUCGAAGAAGUAGGGAGGCCAGUAGGGGCGGCAGGGGCGGCGUCUGGAAGAACUCCGGCCUCCAGCAGCCUGUGGCCGCCGGUCCCCGGGAACCGCCGCUCUGCUUUGGGUUGAAGAAUGUAUGGGUCGGCGCUGUGAUCGGUCGUGGGGGGUCCAAAAUAAAAGACCUCCAAACUACAACAAACACGAAAAUACAGAUAAUAAAAGCUUAUCCAGAAGCAGAGGUCAGAAUUUUUGGGAACAAGGUGAUGCAAGCAAAGGCCAAAACAGCGAUAGAUAAUCUUGUUAAAAAACAAGAAAAUUACAAUUCGAAAUCCAGAAUUGACUUACCUCCAAUUAAGAAAAACUUUUAUAGGCAAUCAGAAACAACAAGUUCAAUGUCACAAGAGCAAGUAGACUCAUGGAGGAAAGAAAAUAAUAAUAUAAUGUGCGAUGACUUAAAAGAAGGCGAAAAGCGCCGUAUACCCAAUCCUACUUGUAAAUUUGAGGAUGCUUUUCAAUAUUAUCCAGAAGUUAUGGAAAACUUUAAAAGGGCAGGGUUUCAAAAACCAACACCAAUCCAGUCACAGGCAUGGCCAAUAGUUCUACAAGGAAUAGAUCUCAUUGGAGUAGCUCAAACCGGAACGGGGAAGACGUUGUCUUAUUUAAUGCCAGGAUUCAUCCAUCUUGACUUACAGCCUGUAAUUAGAGAAAAAAGGAACGGCCCCGGCAUGUUAGUCCUCACACCCACGAGGGAAUUAGCGCUUCAGGUAGAAGCUGAAUGUUCUAAGUAUUCGUAUAAAGGCCUUAAAAGUGUGUGUAUAUAUGGUGGUGGAGAUAGAAAUGGACAAAUACAAGACCUGAAAAAAGGAGUAGAUAUUAUUAUUGCAACUCCUGGGAGGCUGAAUGAUCUACAAAUGAAUAACUUCGUCAACCUCAGAAGUAUAACCUACUUGGUAUUAGAUGAAGCUGACAAGAUGCUAGAUAUGGGAUUUGAACCCCAGAUAAUGAAGAUUUUGUUAGAUGUGCGCCCAGAUAGGCAAACCAUUAUGACAAGUGCAACCUGGCCAUAUGCUGUCCGUCGACUUGCACAGUCAUAUUUGAAAGCACCAAUGAUUGUAUAUGUUGGCACUUUGGAUUUAGUUGCUGUAAGUACUGUAAAACAGAAUAUAAUUGUCACCACGGAAGAGGAGAAACGCUCUCAUAUCCAACGUUUUCUGGAAAGCAUAUCUUCUCAGGACAAAGUCAUAGUGUUUGUCAGCCGAAAAGCCAUUGCUGACCAUUUAUCAAGUGACCUGAUUCUGCAACAUGUAUCAGUAGAAUCUCUUCAUGGCAAUCGAGAGCAGUGUGACCGAGAGAGAGCAUUAGAAAACUUUAAAACAGGUAAAGUAAGAAUAUUGAUUGCCACCGAUUUGGCAUCAAGAGGUCUCGACGUCAACGAUAUCACACAUGUCUAUAAUUACGAUUUCCCCCGGAACAUCGAAGAAUAUGUACACAGAGUGGGGCGUACUGGAAGAGCAGGGAAGACAGGGAUAUCUAUUACGCUCCUCACCAGAAAUGACUGGAGAGUUGCUGGCGAGUUAAUCAAUAUUCUGGAAAUAGCACAUCAGAGCGUCCCAGAGGAACUUGUGGCAAUGGCCGAGAGGUAUGAGGCACAUAGACUAAGAAAAGAAACGGAAAGAAAGUUGGGGAAACCCCAAGGAAAACCCAAGAAGUUUUAUUAGUCUCCUUGAAAAGUGGUGCCAGCCUAUUCAAAGAUAUCAAGAUUUUUUUAGAGCUACACUAUUUAGAAUAUCCAGAAAUACUGGAAAAAUGCUGGCUGGCACUAUGAAGAGACAAUGGAUUCGUAAAAGAAUAAGUGUUUAAAAAUAGAAUUUGACAUUUUAUACUUUCUUUAAUAAAAUCAAAAG